AUGUGUACUGAACAGCCCGAAGAGAUUGCAAAACAGGCUAUAGCAGCAACCAAAUCCUCACGUUAUGCUGAUCUAUAUGCAAAACUUGACACACGUGAAGGAGAGCGGGACUUAUAUCGACUCGCUAAAGCAAGACAUCGCAAUUCAGAAGAUGUUCAUCAGUUCUACAGAGUCAAUGAUGAGACCAGUAUUCUGCUAGUUGACUGGAAGAAGGCCAGAGAACGAUGGCGCAGCUACUUCAAGAAGAUCUCAACAGAAGAGUUCCACCAUCCACCAAUACCCACUGGCCAUGCUGUUGAAGGGCCCGUAAGAGAAACUGCAGUCGAAGAGGUCAAGACAGCUUUGAGGAAAAUUAAGCCUGGGAAAGCGACCGGUCCAGAUGACCUUCCAGCAGAGUUAUGGUGUUUCCAUCAUUGGAAGGCAGCCGAAUCGUUAACGGAACUCUUCAACAAGAUCAUUGACGAGGGACAAACACCAGCUGAUUGGCAGCAGAGCAUCACCGUACCUAUCUUUAAGAAGGGAAAUCCCGCCGAGUGUACCAACUACCGUCCAAUUCGACUUCUCUGA